UCUGAAUCUAGAUUUCUAUUGAUAUAUUUUUUCUUUCAGGGCCCUUCACUUAGAUUGUGUCUGCUCUGCAAUCUGAUACAGGACGAUGGCGCGCCAGAAGCAAUCCACGCCCCUGCAGCGGACCACGUCGUCAGAACUGGCAGACUUGCUUCGAGAAGAGAAUGGGUCGCUAGUGAAGGAACAGAAUGGCGGCGCGAAGGUGUCCAAGACCACUGCGAAUGGGGCCGCCUCUGGGGGACCUGGUCGCGAUGAAGCGCCAGAAUCCCCGGGUCUGUUACAGCUCGCGAUCUGCGUUCUGGGAAUCUAUGCCUCAUUCCUAUCGUGGGGCGUCCUCCAGGAAGCAAUCACCACCGUGUCGUACCCGGUGCGCGCAGCAAGCGCAUCGGAGCCAGAGCCUCCCACAGAGCGCUUCACCUACUCGAUCGUCCUGAACACCAUCCAGUCCACAUUCGCGGCGAUCACCGGACUCCUCUACCUGUUCUUCUCGACCCCCUCCGGACAAAAGAUCCCGUCGAUCUUCCCCACGCGCAAGAUCGUCACCCCCCUGCUCCUCGUCAGCAUCUCCUCGUCGCUCGCCUCGCCCUUCGGAUACGCCAGUCUCGCGCACAUCGACUACCUCACCUUCAUCCUCGCCAAGUCCUGCAAGCUGCUCCCCGUCAUGUUCCUGCAUCUGACCAUCUUCCGCAAGCGCUACCCGCUAUACAAAUACGGCGUCGUCCUAAUGGUCACCCUCGGCGUCGCCACCUUCACCCUGCACCACCCAGGAACCAGCAAGAAAGUCGCGGCGGCGGCGUCCUCCACGCAGCAGUCCGGCUGGGGCAUCUUCCUCCUCUCCAUCAACCUCCUCCUCGACGGCCUGACCAACACCACCCAAGACCACGUCUUCACCUCCCCGCAGACCUACACCCGCUUCACCGGCCCGCAGAUGAUGGUCGCGCAGAACGUGCUCUCCACCCUCCUCACAACAGGCUACCUCCUCGCCGUCCCGCACCUCUCCUCAACAGGCGUCCUGCACAACUUCCUCCCCAUCCCUAUCCCGCCCUCCACAGAGACGGAGCUCACCUCCGCCAUCUCCUUCCUCUCCCGCCACCCUGAAGCCCUGAAGAACGUGCUCGGCUUCGCUGCCUGCGGCGCCGUCGGCCAGCUCUUCAUCUUCUACACGCUCUCGCGCUUCUCGUCCCUCCUCCUCGUCACCGUCACCGUCACCCGCAAGAUGCUCACCAUGCUGCUCAGCGUGUUCUGGUUCGGCCACUCCCUGUCCGCUGGACAGUGGCUGGGCGUGGGACUCGUCUUUGGUGGGAUCGGUGCUGAGGCUAUCGUGCAGAGGCAGGAGAAGAAGGCCAAGGCGCGGGCGAAGAAGGAUUAGCUUUAUGAUCAACUUUUCCCUCUUUUCUCUUUUUUUUUUUUAGUUUUGGUUAUUCUUCC